GUCGAGAAGGAAAUCGGGUGAACAGUCCAAGCGCGUCGAGGCAAGGUUACUUUCGAUUUCGCGAUGGCAGAUCCUUCGAUUGACGGGCAGCCUCUCUGCACUGAUGAUGAACAGGCUCUCGUCCAGGCAAAGGCAGAGCUGGAGCAAUGGAAGAGCAAGCUUGAGAAGGCAGAUGAUGAAAAGUCAAGGCUGACCCUGGACAAACUGGACACUGAUGAGAGGAAGAAAGAAGCUCAGAGUGCUGUCACUUCGCUCAUGGAUGCACAGGGCCGACUUGCUCUAGAAGUCGCAAACAAAAUGAAGGAGAUUGAGGUACAAAUCCAAGGCAUUGAGAAGGACAGUGCUCACUUGAGAAGUAACCUGGAGAGGUUGUGUGAAGAAAGGAAAGCAAAGAAGGCAGAAACAGACUGCCUUCAGAGGAGGUUUAAGAUCAGAGCUGCGAUCCCGGAAAAGCGCAUUAAGUUCUGUGGUGUGGAGAAAGCAGAGAGGGAUGGCCUGUGCUGUGACACUGAAGGGGUUUUCACCAUCACCCAAAGGCCCUGCACUCUACUCAGUGGCGGGGAGGCGCUCAUCACCUUUGAGGAGGAGAAAGUGGCUCAGCAGAUCCUGCGCCUGGCCAAGUGCUCCGUGUCUCUUGACAAAGCCAAGAUGGACAUCAAGCCCUUCUGCAUGAACCUGGAGCCCUCGGCCAAAUUCGAGGUGCACCUGAUUGUGUCCAAGAGGACUGUGCAAGUCACUCAGAUCCCCCCCGCCCUCCCAGACGAGCGCAUGAGAGACAGGCUGGAGAUCAGCUUCUCCAAGCCCAGCCUCGGAGGGGGAGAGGUCGAGAGGGUCUCUUACGACAGAAGCAUUGGGACGGCUCAGAUCACCUUCCUCAACACUGGAGUUGCUGAGAGAUUGGCCCUGAAACGGAGACAUCCUCUGGACACUGGCAUGGGAGAAAUGAUGGUGGACGUCAAGCCUCUCUACAGCUACCAGCUGAAAAAGUUCCAGACGUACUGUGGUGCGCCGGUGCGCUCCAUCCUGCUGAGGGGCAUCCAGGACGUGAUGGAGGAGGAGGACCUUCAGGACCACCUGGAGAUCCACUUCCAGAAGCCCAGCAACUACGGAGGAGAGGUGGAGAGCAUCAAGUAUGUAGCCCAUGGUAACGAGGCCAAGGCCUUCUUCACUGAGGACACGGCCAUGUGAUCUUGUUAUACCACAGAGGACCUGACCAUGUGCAGAGUACAGAAGUACUGUUAUGAUCAUAAUAAUUACAACAGUACAGAACCUACGUGAAAUCAUACUACUAGUGUAGUAAUUACAUUUGUUGCUGUACUUCUACUUGUGCUUUAUACUGUCCUUCAAAGGCAAAGUGCAGCAACUACCCCAGCAUUGAAAGUGACUCGUGAGAAGAAUGCCGUAAAAGUAUUGGUAUUAGGUUGGCUAUUGUACUUACAGCAAAAUUGACAUGGCAAUGUCUCUGGAACGGGACACCUUUGGGCCAUAAGGCUUUGUCACAAGAUGAAGGAGGUACAAUGAAGAGCACUUUCAGCUGGAACUCAAUGCUGACAAAAUAUGUAGUUACUGCACUUUGCCUUUGUAGGGCAGUUCCAACUCUGACUGGCCAUGUGAUCCUGUUGUACCUCCAAGGACCUUAUCAUGUGGUCUCUGGAUAGGCCUGGAAUCAAAUUUGUGGCAUGUUUUUUCUUUCUUUCUUUCUGAACUUGGAAUUGACUCCUGAAGUAAUUGCCUUUGGCACAAAACAAAUCAGGAUAUGGUGAAUGUGAAGGGAAAAUAUUUUUCCAUGCAUAUUUAGAUUCAGUCACAAGAUAACAGGGAAUCAUCUUUGGAGAAUUGUUAUUAAACUUAAUCUGUGUAUUGCACUGAAAAUGUGUACCGAGUUAGGUUUUACUACAGUACUGUAAUCACACUAUAAUCCUUAUAUGGUAUCGUUCUCUUGUUCUGGUAAGCAACGUAUUAAGAAUAAAUUAGAAUUAUAAUAAAGCAAUGAAUCUGGGUGUAGGUCAUAAAUGUACUCUUGCCAUGCCAUCAUGUAUCAUUGUAUGGAAACCACUCUUGCAUGCAAGAAAAAUAAAUCACAUGUCUAUCA